CAUGCAUAUUUUGAUGCAAUUGAUCGAUUCACACAUAAAUAAAUUCACACAACAACUUGUACCCUAUUGUUUUAAAACCCAUCUUGUUACCUCUCCAUAAACGCGCUUUUACGUCAGCCGUAAAAACCUAAAAAUUUAGGUCAACUCUUUGUACACCCCAAAACACACCACAAUAUUGGAUCCACUCUAGCCUUAUGUCCCUUUACAGUGCGGCUUUUAAUAAAAAAAAACCUCUUUUGUUCCAGAUUGCGCAUAAAAAUGACUAGAGUGGUCCCAGGCGAGGGGAGCAACGGUCCCGGACCACACGACUAGACGUGACGUCACUCGCUGAAUAAUGGAGACCGAUGUGCCAGACAUCGGCCUCGGGAUGACGGGGGACCUUGGGAACAGGUCCCUGGUCCACAAGCCCCUCGCCACAUGCUCUAACUGCAGCAUCAUGGACUCAACAACACUGCCUUUCCAUCCCGGCGAAAACGACACCUUAUUCCAAAUACAAACUGACUUUCCAAUAGACGAGUUGUGGAAUGUUUCGUUUCAUUCGAACUGCAGUUUUGAAAACGGAACGCUGUGCGCUAGUGAUGUGUUUCGUUACAACUGGUGGGCGUUGUCGUUGCUGGUGUUUCCGUUGCUGACGUUGUUCGGCAACGUGCUGGUGAUCAUGAGCGUGACUCGGGAGCGGUCACUGCAGACUGCGACCAACUACUUCAUCGUGAGUCUGGCGGUGGCAGACUUGUUGGUCGCCGUCGUCGUGAUGCCCUUCGGAGUCUACUAUCUGUUCAACGGCAUGUCGUGGGGCCUGCCCGCGCUGGUCUGCGACUGCUACAUCGCGAUGGACGUCACCUGUUCCACCUCCAGCAUCUUCAACCUCGUCGCCAUCUCCGUGGACAGAUUCAUAGCAGUGACGCAGCCAAUCAAAUACGCGAAGCACAAGAGCAAAGGGCGCGUGUGGUCCAUGAUAGUGGUGGCGUGGCUGGUCUCCGGGGCCAUCGGGUCCCCCAUCGCGCUGGGGCUCAACUACACCCCGGACAGGGUCCCGGACCAGUGCCUCUUCAACAGCCGGGACUAUGUCAUCUUCUCGUCGCUCGGCUCGUUCUAUAUUCCGUGCGUUAUCAUGUGCGCGCUUUACUUUAGGAUUUUUACGGCAAUCCGGGAGCGUGCGAAAAAGCAGCGCUCGGCCAAGAAGGCUCCAUCCUCGACUGGAUCGACGGCCUGCAGCAGCGCCGCCGUCAUCAUCGAGAACCUCCCCGAGGUGCACAGGCUCCGGCCUGCUGAGGACAAGCCCACGAAUACGGCCUCCGGGAGCAACGAGGAGGAGGAUGAUGAGAAUGACAGAACAGAGAUGGGGUGCUACGCAGAAGAGCUGGUCAACACUCGGUCGGCCCGGUUCAUGCUGGCCGCCGUCGUGGAGGAAACUGGACUCAUAAUGGCGAACCUGGCGUCGCCUAUCCCCAUGGUGGACCCGACCACCAACAACGACUCGGGCUACGCGCCGUCCAACCUCGACGGAGAGACCAAGGAGCCCUCCCCACCCCCCUCCCCGCCUCCCGGGGGAGGGGAGAAGAACGUGGGAGAUGCGGGAGAUACGGGAGAUUUGGGAGAGAGAGGGGAGGAGAAGAAGAAACCGGAGCUAAAGAAGAAGCUGAGCCGCCUCGGCAGCGCGUCCCUGAUCUCCACGCCGCGCCGUCGCUUCCGCAGCGCAGCCUCCGCCGCGCGGUUCACCAUCUUCCGCGCGCGCCCCGCCCGCCUGCGCGCCAAGAGCUUCGCCAAGAAGGAGAAGAAGGCCACGCAGACGCUGGCCAUUGUGUUAGGAGUCUUCCUCUUCUGCUGGGCCCCCUUCUUCUCGUGCAACGUGCUGGACGCGGUGUGCGGCAAGUUCGGGCUGCCGUACUCGCCGGGCGUGACCGUGUUCAUCCUCACCACGUGGCUCGGCUACAUCAACUCUUUCCUCAACCCCGUCAUCUACACCAUCUUCAACCCGGAAUUCCGGAAGGCGUUCAGGAAGAUACUGAAGUGUAGUACCUAGCCCGAGUAUUAUGUUGUGUAUGAUUAAGGUGGGAGAAAAAGAGGGAUAUGACAAAGGAGAAAAAAAAGAUAGAAUAAAAGUAGGAAAGAAAGAAAGAACGAUAAAGAUGGAAAGAAGGAAUAAAGAAGAACAAAGAUAGAGAGGUGGAAGGAAAGAAGGAAGAACCAAGAAACAGAAUGAAGGAAAAAGAAUGAUUUGAUAAACUGGCUAGAUCAAUACAGACAUGAUUAAGGGAGGAACGUGACUGAAUAAGUUGCGAAUGGUAUUUGUAUUGUUGAGGUUUAAUAGCAAAAAAACAGUAUUUUUAAAGCUGGUCGUAGGCUUGAUGAUAAUUAUUGCAGCAUCCUGUAAUUACACACAAUUAGUAAGAAAAAUAAUGUGCUUAGUCGAUUGUGAAAUUAGAUUUCAUAUGUGGUAGUGUGAGGUGAUCUUGUAAGGGGUAGUUUUUAAAAUAAUUAUUACUUUAAGAUUAGACUGUGAUCGCAUU